AUGAAUCUUGGAAUGGAAUUGUUAAGUUCUGGCACGUUCUACUACGGGGCAGGAGGGUAUCAAUAUUACAUAUGGGAGUCUUCUAGGAAAAUUUAUCGUAUCGACCCCAUAUACUACGGUAGAGAGUCAACCAAUAGUUACACUAUCAGUUUGCCCAGGGCCACAACGACCAACUACCACGCAACUUUGAAGCUGUUCCAUACUGGCUUGUUGAUCUGGUCCGAGUGGACUCGGAGAGAUAGAAAGUGGAAGGAUUUGGUGAUUGCACCAUCUGAUAGUUGCGAUAAAUACACUACAUGUGGAAGUGGAACCAAUGCGUACUGCUCUAUGAACCCGCUCAAGUCUUUUGAAUGUUUCCCAGGGUUUCGGCCUCAAACUGAUUCGGAGAGGAAUCAAGACAGCAGCUACGUUUCACAUGGACAUUGCGUGAGGAAAUCGCCGCUGGCCUGCUCCGAUGCUGAUGGGUUUCAGCUGCUGAAGAAUAUGAAACUUCCAGAAACUGAUAAUUGGACAAUCUCUUACGAGGGAGUGGGUUUGGAGGAAUGUAAGGAGAGGUGUCUCAGGACCUGUAACUGUACGGCGUUUGCAAACACGGACAUGCCAACUGGUGUGCGGAGUUGUGUGAUGUGGACGGUAAGCUUGGAGGAUACUCGACGUUAUAGCACCAACCGGGGUCAAAAUCUUUACGUCAAACUGGCUGCUCUUGACAUAAAAGAAACGGAUCAUCGGAUUUACCGUUGGCGCAAUCGUUUUGCUUCUUCUAAUUGUCGUCGUCACGUUCUGCUGCUGCUGGAAGAGAUACAAUAA